AUGAUGACGGUCUUUGUGAUGACUCUAGGUGAGAUGAGCUACGAAGACCGAUUUAUGCCCUGGGAUAGCCUGGAAUAUGCUACUCUCGCCAAUAUUCUGUUUUUAAUGUUUGUGCUUGGAAUGCCUAUCAUCCUUAUGAACAUGUUGGUAAGUAGACUGUUAUAACACGAGAGAACUAAAAGUUCUAGACUUGAAGUUAAUCUUAGUAUAUGAGCUGUAAAAGUAAAUUAACCGCGACUUGUGCUGAUCACCCUUUCACUAGCUACACCUUGGGGUCUUUUGAACGACUUAUAGUCUUCUUCCUAAAAGGUUUUCUUAGAAAGGUUUCUCAAAAACUAAAAUACUGCGGCUUUGUAAACGCUAACGGUCCUUGGUAUUCUUGUUGUUGUUGUUGUUGUUGUUUUAUCUUUUUCUUUUUCACCCCUAAAUCAUGCAAUCGUCUUUGUACCUAAUAAACUCCCACCAGUAAGGGAAAAUUUGUGCCAUCGCAUGAGACAUUUCUCUACGAGCUUUAUUUAUCGUUUAAUUCUUCCAAUUUUAGGUAGGUCUUGCAGUUGGAGACAUUGACAAGAUUCAGGCACACGCAGCGAUUGAUCGAUAUAUGAUGCAGGUAUAAUAGAAGAUGAUGAUAAUAAACGCACGGAAUAAUGUUGAUUUAAAGGUACCUUUCAUUGGUCCAGCUAAUGUAGUAAUCAAAGCUUGAGCCACACCCAGACUGCGCGGCUGGUGUACUUCAUGGGGCUUGGUUCUAGUCUUCCCUAAAAAAUACGUCCGGGUAUACUCAGGAUAACAAAUUUGGCGCCACUUAUGUAUGAUCACUUUUGCAUUGCCUUGAACGUGAUUUGAGCUAUUAUGAGGACCCAUAUAUUGGGAGCAGGCCAAUUUGUCGAGUUGACCUUAACCCGUGAAAGGAAUGAAAUACAGAAUGAUGAUGUGAACUGCCGAAAUACAAAUAUUAUAUGAGGAUAUGAUCGUCGCAGUGGUAAUUGCAGUUUAAUGUUUCAUUCCUUUCACGGGUUAAGAUGAACUCAACAAAUUGACCUGCUCCGAACGUAUGGGUCUUCAUAGUUCAACUAGUUACAACACUGCCGCGCUAACACAGCGGCCAUUGGUUCGACUCCAGUUGAAGUCCUGCUUAUUUUUUUCGGGUAAAUUUGCAAUUGCUUAAAUUGCAGUUACCAAUGCGACGAUUAUAUCUUCAUUUAAAAUUUGUAUUUCCCCAGUUCAAAUCAUCAUUCUGAGUAACAUCUUCCUUCUCUCUCUCUCUCUUUUUUGCCUUUUUUUUUUUCAGGUGGAAUUAGUGUUGGAUAUGGAAGAGAUGCUUCCUGCAUGUCUAGCGAAACGGGCUCAUGUGACAAAACAAGUCGUGUAUCCAAACAGAGACGCAUCCAAGGUAUGAGUAGUAACAUUCAUCCGAUUUUUCAAAGUCGUGAACUUAUCCCCAUAGCUUUACGUAGCUAUAAAGAAAGACUGAAUCUACAUGUACAAAAUCAUCUCAAGGAAUGGAGCGAGGGAGCUCUGACUUGAGAAUAAUUUAUCGCCUUCAGGGACUUUAAAGUAAAAUCACUCAAUCUGACUGAAGUUAUCACUAAAACUAAAGCAAGAUGUUGAAUUAUUUUUGCAUACCUUCUAUUGUGAAAUACAGUCUCAUAUGAGGUAUAUUUUCACACGCAUAUUCUAGCUUAGCCAUAAAUUAUAUCUGACUAAUAACUUGCAGCAAUUUUAAUACUGUAUAAAACCGAAACUACAAGAAGUUUUCAUGAUGGAUAAAUUUGGAUACAAAUAGAGGCCUUUACAUUUGAUUAUUUUCUCGAGGAAAAUAACUUGACAGCUUUCGGCCAGGUUUUGCUAGUUUUGUAUCAUAGUGCAAUGAAAUUAAUGUAUCACUACUAGUGUAUUUGUUUAUUCAUUUGUUCGAGUGAUGUCUUCUUUAGCUGUAUGACAGGUUCUUGGGCUUUAGCCCACCUGGAGACGAGAAACAGGAAGACGAAGCCUCCCCUGAGCACAUGCCGCUGCUGGAUAAAAUGAAGGAACAGGAGGAGAGGUAAGAGUUUACUUGUUAGUACUAGAGAAAAAUUCUCACAGAUUUGAGGGAGAUCGUAAAACAAGUUAUCACUACAAUUAUAGUCCGGACAUCGAAGGCACAGAGCUACUACCUCGUCCACAGUCACUUGCGAUCAAGUAGUUUUGGGAAUAUUUGUGUUAGUUAUUAAGGAAGCGGAAAGCGAAAGAAGUCUUUUUUCCUUCCAAUCGCACCCCGCUCGCGCUCUGUGCUCGUUCCCGCCUCCCCUCUCGCACUUCUACCUUAAUGUCUCCAGCUCUCGUGCUUCUCGCUUGGUCCGUGCUUCCCAGUUAACGUUGGGAAAGCCUUGGAGGAGGUAGACAGAGCUAAAUGUCCGCAACACACAGCUGUCCGUUUUAUACAGGUAAAGAUUGUAUAACUUUUAUCUUUGAAACCAGCUGAAACCAAGAGAAUUCUACCUAAAGACCGAUUCACACGGUGCGACUUCAGUGUCGAGUGUAUGUACUUUCGAUAGACCUCCAACGCAAAUCGUACCCUGUAAAUCAACCUUACGAUAGUUUCAAAACGGUUGUAAGUGAAUACAACUUGCGUCGUUGGAUUAGCGUUAGCACAUUGCUUGCGACAAAAAUGUGCCGUUAAAAUUGGUCUUAAUAGAGACACAUUUUGACUACCUUUUGACAGUCUUUGGUUACAGCCGCUUGCUGUGGGUAAGAGGUAUGACGUCACAGUUAACAUAGGUUUGAGCUCUUUUUAUUGCUUAGAUCAUUCUACUAGAGUACGGGGGGUCGUGGGUUGGAAUCUCACCUGGAGCCUCGAUUUUUUCUGGGUUUUAUGUGGUUGAUUCUCACCUACGUGAUUUUCUAAUUUAAAAAUUAUUUGAUUCAUUUUGUUUUAUUUAUUCAAUAGAAUCAAUGGGAUAUACGAGUUAUUAAAGGAACAGUCAGCAAUUUUAAAGUCUUUGGAUCCCGCCCGGAAGCGAAAAGGACAAGACGUGUUCCCUUUUGGAGUGUAG